AUGCCUAUCACUACCAUGACUUGUACCAACUAUAUUCCUGAUAGCUCAUGGACACCGCGUAUUAAUCCCCAGCUGCCAAUUGGAUUGUCCUUCACCUCUACCAACCAGGGUGGCCAGCGUACUAUCGUUAUUUCUGGAACCCCCUCUGUCCCUCAGCAGAGUAGCACCUACUCUAUUGGUAUUAAGGGAUAUGUGAGUCAGUUCCGUAUUGGUAUUAUUGGAACCCCCUCUUCCCUGAGCUAUGGUUUUGAUUCGAUGACCCAGUACGUGGGUGUGCCUAUUGAGCCCAUUCCAAUUCGCUCGGAUGUCUAUCUGAACGAGUUCACGAUCCAGCCUGCUCUUCCUGCUUCUGUGACCAUGGACCCUACCACGGGUACGAUCACUGGAAAGUUCCCUGAUACGUCGAUGUCGAAUCAGGUGUUCACUGUCACUGGAAAGAACAGCAUGGGAUCGGUUACUACCACCGUCAAGUUCUUGAUUCGCGCUGAGGCUGAAAUGACCACCCCUGGUUUCAUUGGAUGCUACUGGACUGGUACCACUGAGUGCAGAACGCCUGCCUUCGAUUACUACUACCAGAACCCUGCUCAGUACUGCCAGAUUGAAACGAAGCUGGACUUUGCCGAUUCCUACUACGAGGGAGAGGGUAACACUUGGCCUGGUCUGGAUGAGCGUUUCCGUGAUUACUACACUUCGUACAUGUACGGAUACUUCAACGUGCUUGUGGACGGAAACUACGACUUCCAGAUGGAUUCGGAUGAUGCUUCCUUCCUGUACAUUGAUUCGCUUGAUGCCCCUAUUAUUAACCGUGACGGCUGCCGUUCUUCUGGAGUUCCCGAUUAUAUGUCGACUCAUCUCGCUGUGGGUCGUCACCUGUUCGUGGUGAAGUUCCUGGAGGUGGAUGAGGCUGCUAUUUUGUACCUUAAGUUCUCUUCUGUGGACGCUGGUAUUACCCAGACCUACGUGGACAACACGAUGACGACUGUGGGAGGACGUGGACCCACUUUCAUCACCUAUCCUCUGGUCACGGGUUACGUGAAUGCCGAGCUGAAGGUGUACACGCCUGAGAUGGCUUCUGGAGGUGCCAACAGCUGGACUGUGGAGCCUGCUCUGCCUACUGGUAUGGCCUUGGAUCCUUCCCGUGGUCAGAUUCGUGGUAAGCCCGUUGCUGAGUACAAUGGCAAGCACACUGUGACUGCCACUGGAGUGAACGGAGUCGCUUCGGCUGAGGUCCAGAUUGUGAUCUCUGCUGCUCCUCUUCCUGGUUUCCGCGCUUCUUACUACAAGGUGUACGAGUCUCUGAUGUGCAAGUAUUCGAACCUGGCUCCUUCCCAGAUGGAGUUGAAGGUCGUCAAGACUGAUAGCCAGAUCAACUUCCCUGUUGACCAGCCUGGAGUGUGGAGCGGCCUGCCUACCGAUUUAACGACUUACUAUUUUGCUGAGUGGGAAGGUUAUCUGAACUUCACCGAGAUCGGUAACUGGAAGAUUCGUGUGGGUUGCGAUGAUUCUUGCCGUGUGUUCAGUAUUGAGGACAACUUGCUGAUCGAUCGUUGGGACUGUGCUGCCUACUCCACUGCAGAGCAGACCAUUCCCAUUUCUUCCACCGGUUACUACUACUACCGUAUCCGUUAUCAGCAGCAGAGUGGUACCAAGGGUAUGGUUCUGGAAUGGCAGGCUCCUUCUGGAGGUUGGGAAGUGAUUCCUGCUGCCAACAUUUUCCAUAUUGCGCCUUCCAUGCUUUCCUAUGAUUAUGAGCGUGCCCACUACUUCCAGAAUGUCCAGAUUGUCCAGAACAAGCCUCAGUUGUUCUAUGCCACGAGCUGUACCAACUACAACAUCCAGCCUGCUCUGCCUAGCGGACUGACCAUGAACACUGGCACUGGUAUUAUCUCGGGUUCUCCCACCGCCGAGCAGGUCUUGACUCAGUACACCAUCACUUGCACUGGAAACGGACCUACGAACGUGGGUACUCUGAGGACCACCAUUGCGUUCGAUGUAUUCUACGAGCUGCCUCCCAGCUCUGUGACCAUUUCUCGCGGCGGAUCUACGCUUCCUGCUGGCUCUUUGAUCACCGCGAACCCUGGAGCGAGCUUCGCUCAGAUCACGAUCUCCGCGGGAGGUGCCGCGGGAGUGACGUACUCGAUUUCUCCGGAGCUUCCUUACGGACUGUCCUUCAAUGCUGGAACUGGAGUGAUCUCUGGUACUCCCUACGAGCCUAUGACCGAUGUUACCUACACCGUCACCGCCUCGAACCCUGGAGGUGUCGCUACCACCAACUUCCGCCUGACUGUCAAUCCUUGCAAGGGUAAUGACGGUGGCCCAUGGACCAAUGAUAUCUACAUCAUUCGUAUGAUGACUGGUAACGGUAUGAUCAAGAUCCUGAACAACGGUAAUGUGGCUCAGUGCUCUGGAGGUAACUUCGACUCCGACGGCAACGCUCAGAUGGUGAACUGCCAGUACUCGAAUGUCUAUGCUGGAAACGAUAAGAUGAUUUGCAUUAAGCCCGAUACCAACAACAAGAUCGAGGUUACUUGCCAGACUGAGACUGGAUGCUACACUCAGAUCUACCGUCCCGAUGGAAACCGUUUCCCUCCUCACCACACUUACGUCGAGUCCGAGAGCGCUCCCUAUGUGGAUCUGCAGGACUUCCCUAAUGCUCUGAAGCCUCUCACCCAGCUGACUCUGUCCACGACGGAGAUGACCGUGUACGCUGGAAUGCCUAUGGAUACCGUGGAUAUCACCCCGAACGGAUGCUACAAGGAGAUCACUGUGGAGCCUUCUCUUGGUUCUGGCUUCAAGGUUGAUCUGUUCCUUCCUCGUCUUGAUGCUGAGGUGAACGGACUCAUCAAGACUGUGUACACUGUUACUGCGAAGGGAGAUGCCGGAGAAGCGAGCGCUACCCUGACUGUGCACUUCAAGGAGUGCGGCGAGGACGGUCUGACCAAUGGUCUGAAGCUGGUGAAGAGUACUACCAACUAUGGAGGUGAAGAGUCUUACGAGCUGUACAACAGUGCUGGCGAGCGUCUUCUGCAGCGUAGCGGAUUCUCGAGCUAUGCCACUUACACGAACUCUCUGUGUCUUCCUUCUGGAGACUACCAGGUGGUUCUGAGAGAUACUUAUGGUGAUGGUUGGACGAGCGGUGCCUAUCUGAAGGUGUACGAUAUGGAGGAUACUCUGCUUCAGGAGUUCACUCUCGCUAGUGGUAGUCAGUACACCGGAUACUUCACUCUGACUGCUGGUAGCAGCGCGAGCAUGGUCUGGAAGAUCUUGGUCAAUGAGCGUGCUAAGAGCGGAUGGAACAGCGUUGAUUAUGAUGACUCGAAAUGGGCGAACACUGUCUUGGGACAGAUGGAGUACGGAGAGUGGGACGAGAACACCUUCUAUGCUCGUUACAAGUUCACUCUGACCGAGUCGAUUCGUUACCCUCUUGUGCAGUUCAGUCUGUGGUACAAGGAUGGAGUGAUUGUGUAUCUGAACGGCAACGAGGUGUACCGUCGCAACAUGAAGUCCGGAUCCGUGUCUUCCUCCACCACUGCCAACGCCAUGUACGACGGAUACUACACUCGUAUUGGAUCGGCUCCUGGUUACUUGCUGCAGGAUGGCGACAACGUGAUUGCUGUGGAGAUCCACAAGCACCAGUCGACCACUGGUCAGAUCCAGUUCAGAGGCGCUGUGAAUCCUCUUCAGGGCAACUGUAUCUCUCGUGUGGAUGGUGGUUCGAUCACCGAGUCCUCGUUCUUCAACCAGGCUUACGAGUCCGCUGCUCAGGCUUGGGAUCGUAAUCCUUCUACGACUUGGAUUGAGAACGGUAUUCCUGCUUGGACGGUCUACUCCUACAACUUCGAUCGUAUGGAAUGGGUCAACAAGAUCGCUCUGACCUCCAACAGCAGAACGCAGGAUCGUGAUCCCACUUCGUGGGCUCUGUACGGUUCGACCGAUGGUGUGCUUUGGGAGACUCUGCUUCGUGUGGAGCAGCACGUGAUGUUCGAGUCGCGUCUGCAGGCCAAGGAGUGGAUGAUGAUGGACCACAUGAACUCGUACAGCCAGUACAAGUUCGAGAUGUACGGAACCUUCUCUGGAAACAACAGAGUGGCCAUUGCUGAUGUGGAUAUUCAGUCUUGCCAGCUGAACUACUGCGUGAAGGAUGGCGCGUUCCCUGGUGUGAUGUCCGACGAGACUUCGGUGGCCAACUGCCCUGAGGGCUUCAUUGGAGAGAUGUACCGCCACUGCAGUCUGCAGGAGCUGAAUCCCACUUGGGGUGAGAUCGAUGACGGAGAGUGCCGUUCGACGAAUCCUCCCAAGGGAACCGUGUACAUCGAUGUGGCCUACAGACUCCAGAUGACCCCUGAAGAGAUUCAGGAUCCCAACACCCUGAACAUCAUCAUUGCUGCCAUCGCCACCUCCAGCCAGGUGGAUAUGUCUCUGUUGGAGCUGUGGAAGGUGAAGAACAUUGCCGAGGAGUUCGAAAAUGAGCCUGUGAUGAGCGCCUUCUGGAUCCGUUUCACGCUUCCUCAGGAGGUGGCUGCCAGCACAAUGACUCUGGUGCGAGGCAAUCUGGCUUCGAUUCAGACCAACCUGCAGAGCCUGCUUCCUGACAAGACCUUCACGAUCGAGUUCUACAUGAACCCUAUUCUCCAGGAGAGAAAGACGAUUGGCGCAGUUUCCGUUGCUUUGAUUGUAAUUCUGGUCUUGCUGGUUCUGGUGAUCGUCGCGAUUGCUUCCUUCUACAUCUGGGUCCGUACCAAGUCGAAGAAGACCAAGCAGGGAGCCAAGCAGCUUCGCUCUGGAGCUGGAAAGGUGAAUGCUCAGCAUCUUUCUGGAAAGGAUAACCGCAUUUAAAUUUGAAGUAUAUGCAUAAUGUGUUAAUUGCUGGAUUGAUUGAU